GGGUGGCCUGCCUGGAACUGGAAUGCUGCUUUCCCUCUCAUUCCUCCUCGGGGAGGGAGAAGGGGCUGGAUGCAGGCAACGCUCCUUCAAUAGCUGGCUGCUGCUGCUGCUGCUUUGGGUCUGUGGGAUCUGAAAUGGAGAGGUUUUUUCACAAGCGUUAGUGGGAUUACAGCUACUCUGGCACUGCUCAGUGGGAUGUCUGUACUCUUUUUCUCCCUCCGUCAGCCGGCUGGAAACUGAGUGAAAUUCCAGGGAGGAAACCCUUCGCCAGCAUUAGCAUGCUUGUUCCUUCAAAAAGAAAAUCCUCCGAAUUCAAGAAAAACUAUCUACAAUAAGUGAGCCCUCGAAAUCUGCAGACAUGGAAACAUUCUGAGCCGGAAACGCUGAACAAGUGCUAAAUGAACAGGGCAACCCAGCAGGUAUGGAUUUACCAAGGCACGCCUUCAGUUCAAAAUUUAUACUUGGAUGAUUUGGGACAGAAAAGAAUUUGAGCUCCUCUGUCUACUGAAGAAGCCAUCAUAAUUCAAAGCAUCAUGAAUGGUUUUGAAAACGCGGAGCUGAAUUUACUAUCUCUAUCCAUGAUGCUGCACAGAAGAGAUUGUAAGAAUUACAAAGAAAGCAAUUUUUGUUAAGGGUAUUAAACCAAAACAAAAGACCCUCUUCACACAGGGACUUAAACAACGGAAGAGAAACUCCCUCCCUCUUCUUCAAAGGCUCAGUCCUCCAGGAAUCUAAAGCUUUUAUCCUCCACAACCUGAUGUCCUAGGAAAAAAAACUUUAUGGGAAUGUUAAUUGAAUAUAGUGGGGCCUACCAGGAAAGCUGUUCUAUCAUAAGGAUCACUUGAGCUACUACUGUGAAGGAAAUACAACUGUGUGAAUUAAGCUAGAAACUUCUCUCAAAUCAACUUGUUUUCCAAAAAGCAAAUUCUCACUGGAUUUUAGCAAGCACAAUAGGUUCGCUCACAUCUUUAAAUAAGGUUGCUGAAAACCAAACACCGACCUGUGUCCAAAUCUCACUGCGACCUGACCAUGAUCAACGUAACUUGGAACUUCAUCCUAAUUUGGACAAAGAUAGGGCUGCUGCUCAAAAUGGCACCUCAGUCUGUCAGUGCCAAGUCGUGCCCUUCAGUCUGCCGCUGUGAUGCAGGUUUCAUUUACUGCAAUGAUCGCGACUUGACAUCCAUUCCUGCUGGGAUCCCAGAGGAUGCUACAACCCUUUACCUUCAGAACAAUCAAAUUAACAAUGCUGGAAUUCCUUCCGAUUUAAAAACCUUGAUCAAAGUGGAAAGAAUUUAUUUAUACCACAACAGUCUGGAUGAAUUCCCUACCAACCUCCCAAAGUACAUCAAGGAAUUGCAUUUACAGGAAAAUAACAUAAGAACAAUUACUUAUGAUUCACUUUCACAGAUUCCUUACGUAGAAGAACUGCAUUUGGAUGAUAACUCUGUCUCAGCAGUUAGCAUUGAAGAUGGAGCCUUCCGGGAUAAUAUCUAUCUGAGACUUCUUUUUCUCUCUCGAAAUCACCUUAGCACCAUUCCCUGGGGCUUGCCUAAAACAAUAGAAGAGCUGCGCUUGGACGAUAAUCGUAUUUCCACAAUUUCAGAGCUGUCCCUUCAAGACCUUACAAAUCUGAAACGUCUCGUUUUAGAUGGGAAUCUCUUAAACAAUCAUGGAUUAGGAGAGAAAGUGUUUGUGAACCUAGUCAAUCUGACAGAACUCUCGCUGGUUCGGAAUUCCCUCAACGCUGCUCCAACAAAUUUGCCAGGCACAAAUCUAAGAAAGCUUUAUCUGCAAGAAAACCAUAUAAAUCGUGUACCACCUACUGCUUUCGCAUACCUGCGGCAAUUGUAUCGACUAGAUAUGUCCAAUAACAAUCUAAGUAAUUUACCUCAGGGUGUCUUUGAUGACCUGGACAAUAUAACCCAGCUGUUUCUUCGCAACAACCCUUGGCAUUGUGGGUGCAAAAUGAAAUGGGUUCGCGACUGGCUGCAGACAUUGCCUGUCAGAGUGAACGUACGGGGACUGAUGUGUCAGGCACCAGAAAAGGUGCGCGGGAUGGCUAUCAAGGACCUUAACCCAGAGCUAUUUGACUGCAAAGAUGAGGAUAUUGUAAGCACUAUCCAAAUAACUGCUUCAAUACCAAACACUUUAUAUCCCAUACAAGGACACUGGCCAACGUCUGUGACCAAACCACCUGAUAUAAAGAAUCUCAACAUACAAAAAAGCUACAGAACAACAGUUCCUCCGAUACAGGAAAUCAUUACCAUUGUUGUAAAAUCUGUAAGCACUGAAACUAUACAUAUUUCUUGGAAAGUUGCACUACCCAUGACUGCUUUAAGACUUAGUUGGCUUAAAAUGGGUCACAGCCCUGCCUUUGGAUCUAUAACUGAAACAAUUGUCACAGGAGACCGGAAUGACUAUCUGCUCACAGCCCUGGAGCCCGACUCACCGUACCGUGUAUGCCUGGUUCCCAUGGAAACCAGCAAUAUCUAUCUGUUUGAUGAAACGCCUGUUUGUAUAGAGACUGAAACAGCCCCCCUUAAAAUGUACAACCCUACAACCACCCUGAAUCACGAACAAGAGAAAGAACCGUACAAAAAUUCUAAUCUGCCCCUGGCGGCCAUCAUAGGAGGUGCUGUGGCGUUGGUAGCCAUAGCGCUGCUCGCUUUGAUUUGCUGGUACGUCCACCGGAACGGGUCCUUAUUCUCAAGAAACUGUGCCUACAGCAAAGGCCGGAGGAGAAAAGAUGAUUACGCUGAAGCUGGGACUAAGAAGGACAAUUCCAUCUUAGAAAUCAGGGAGACUUCUUUUCAGAUGAUCUCCUUGAACAAUGAACAAGUAGCCAAGGAGGAGUUUGUAAUACAUACUAUAUUCCCCCCUAAUGGAAUGAAUAUAUAUAAAAACAACCACAGUGAAAAUAGCAGUAACAGAAGCUACAGAGACAGUGGCAUUCCGGAUUCAGACCACUCACAUUCAUGAUACUAAAGAAAAGAAUUAGACUUCCAAAUGAUUUUUUUUCUUAAAAAGAAAGGCAACUUUAAAGAUUGCCAAAUCUACUACAGAACACUGGAUUAAAAGACUGAAAUAAGCAAUGUAUUGUACAUUUGCCAUAUAAUUUAUAUUUAAGAACUUUUUAUUAAAAGUUUCAAAUUUCAGGUUACCGCUGCGAUUAAUGUAGCAAGGAUGCCUGAAAACAGUUCUAUAUUUUAGUAUUUUUUAGUAAUUUGUACUGUAUUUUCCUUGCUAAUAUUGAAAUUACAGACCAUUUAACUUUUGUGUUCUACUGAGUAAGAUGACUUGUUGACUGUGAAAGUGAAUUCUCUUGCUAUGUUGAACAAUCAGGAUUUUGCAUACAUUUGAGAUUGUUGUAAGUAUAAGCACAGGCCGUUUCCACUUCGCUAUUUGUGAAAAGUUAAACCUGGCAAAUUGAGGAUACUCAGAAGUGGGUGCAAAAGGGAUCAAAAUAUAACUCGGGGUGUUACUUUAAAUCUAUGAAUAUGAUUAAAAUUUUAUACACCGGGUGUGCAAAGUAAUGGGCAAUAUCAGUCGUUUAGCUAUAACCAUGUUUAUAAGCAAAAAAUAUUUAUCUGUUGAAGAUUUCAGCAGAUGGAGAAAUUUAAAUGAUCGGACAAGAACACACUAUUGCCCCAGAUAAAAAAAUUGAGGAUUAUUUUUUGGACAGUUAAAUGAUUACUUCUGUUCGUGAAACACAAAAGCAGAUGAUUACAGGCCUAAAGAUUUCCCUCAGAAUAGAUGCGAUCAAAACAGAUAGAGAAGAAUUUGGCAAAGACACAAGCUCUAGUCGUUCCAUGGUGCUACAGCAAACACUUAAAAAACAUCCCCAAAUAUUAUACAUAUUAGAUGUAUUCCAACUACAGUAGAGAUUAUUGCCCAUUACUCUUCCAGUUAGUUAGAAAUCCCUUAAUAAAGAGGAAGUGGGGGGAAAACUCUGAUUGGUUUUCUGCUUAGUUGUGACCAAGUUAAUGUUUAAUACCCGAGACACUUUGUUGCCAUAACUAUUUUCCCCAAAUGAAAACCAAAGUGCAGUUAUGUGCCCUUUGGUCAAUCUUGUAUGUGCCUUGAUCCAAAGUUAUAUGUGUUCCACAUUUAACUGGGAACAAACUUCUCACACACAUACACUUAAUUAUGGAACGAUAUUGGUCUUAAUGCUGAAUAAAAUAUAGAACUAAGUACAGGAAACUAAGUGCUCUUAUUCUCCAAGUUUUCUUGUUCUUACAUCAUCUGAAGUGUAUUCAAAUUCUCUGUUUUUGGUGCCAAGCCCAUCUCAAAAAAAAAAGUGCCACAAAGCACGAACUAAAAUCGUUCUCUUAUUCAACAGAAUACCAUAAUAGUUAACAGCUUUUUUUCUUUUACUACAAUUAUAGGAUUUCAGAACAGAAUGGAGGUGAGCUAAAUAGUUAAUGAUCUGUGUGUAAGUGUGAGACGCCAAUAUUUUUCAAGAAUUUUUAUAUCAGUAAAAGGAUAAUUGACUCUA